AUGCUCCCCAAACGCGAUAUUCGCAUCGGAAAUGUCUCCGGCGCAACGGGCGACAGCCCGCACGCCAUGCGACGGAUAGCAGAAGAUGGCAACGUCGACGUAAUUGUUGGCGACUGGCUUUCAGAGAUGAACAUUGCUUGGAACGCCAUAGCCAAAGAUCAAGAUCCAUCGCUGGGCUAUGAACCAGGCUUUUUGACGCAGCUAUCUGAAUCCAUUGACAAAAUCGUGGAGAAAGGAAUCAGGGUCAUCACCAAUGCGGGAGCUUUAAAUACACCCGCACUGGCUUCUCAGGUACAGGACAUGUGCCAUGUACGAGGACACAAGGAUGUAGUGAUUGCUAUGGUUCUGGGAGAUGAUAUCUCCCAGGCCGUAACCGAUCCUGCCAAGUGCGAGAACCUCCUGCAUCUUGAUCAUCCAGAGUGGGCACUCAAAGACUGGCAGUUGGAGCCGUACUGUGGGGUGGCCUAUAUUGGAGCUUGGGGUAUCGUUGAAGGAAUCAAAGCAGGAGCAGAUAUCAUUAUUUGUGGGCGAGUCACCGAUGCCGCGCCAGUGAUUGGGGCUGCCGCCUGGUGGUAUAAUUGGGCCCGAGAUGAUUGGGAUAGACUUGCAGGUGCUCUAGUUGCAGAUCAUUUGAUCGAGUGUGGGCCCUAUGUGACGGGUGCCAACUUCUCUGGAUUCAAAUCCAUUCUCCCUGAGCUGGUGGACCUUGCGUUUCCUAUUGCAAGAAUUACCAAAGAAGGAACUUGCACCAUCACAAAGCCUGAGACACAUGCCGGGGCCGUGACAAAACACAACACCAUCUCUCAACUCCUGUACGAACUCCAGGGAGAACAGUACCUGAACCCGGAUCGACUUCCGGACCAUGGAUCCAAAGCCCUUCAUGGAGAUAUUCCCAGUCGUCAUAUCGAUGGCCUCCCUCGACCAGCAAACUCAUGUUUCAGGAAGCGGAAGCACCGUUCCAAGUCCGAUUUUCAUUGCUCCUCCUAUAAUAACUGCCAAGUACCCCGAUACCCGAAGUUCCUACGAGACUGCAAACCCAGUCAAUCUAGCUAG